UCCCAAGGGCUGGUUCCAACAGUGCAGUAUUUUCCCAGUCAAAAAUCAAAACACAUGGUUUAAGAAUAGGGCUGUGAUUUUUUAAAUUGAAGUUUAAGGUACAUACAAAUUUACAUGUAAUCUUCAGGGUAUGCUGAUUUUUUAACAGACGGAUACACUCCUGUAACUCCACCCAAAUCAAGAUAUGGAAUAUUUUCAGCACUCCAUAAGGUUCCCGGUAUUCAGAAUGGUUUAUAAACAACAAAGAAAAAAAAUUUAAUAUCAGGACUGAAAACCAGAAAGCAGGGAAGGAACUUUGAAGCGGGGCAACCAGAAAGCUGGAUUUGGGGGACUGUAUCGGGUAAAAAUAAGACGAACCCCACUUUAAAUCUUUUUUAGUGGUGAUUGUUUCUGUGAUUUCACAUUCAUUAUUCCGUCGAUCCUCACAAUGACUCUGCGAUAUAGUCAAAAUUUAACCCUCUUUUUUACGUGAGGAUAUAGAAACUUGUUCAGGGUUUCCGAGCAUAACAUUCCCCACCCUAGGCAAGAGAAAUGGAUCUUGAAUUCGCUCAGCAUAUCCAGCCACGUGGCAGCUUGGAAGUCCUGGCAUCAGGUUACGGACUAACUCCGCUCCCGCCCACCUGUCGGCUGAUGAUUCGCGCCCCAGUAUAAAGGCUUCAGGCCAGCUAUCCCUGAACAGCGGUACUGAACUCUGCCGCGUGCUCUUUGAAUUUCCUAGAAGCUGCGCUCCUCUCCAGGUCGGUGCCUUAGGCAGAACGGUACGGACACCCAUCUGACCACGGACGUCAGGUACGUUAGGAGGCACCCAUAGUCUUGCUUAACUCCUCUGGGGGCUCGUCUGAGCAUCUUUCUGCCUAAAAAGAAAGAACACGGUGAGUGUCCUGGAGGUGAUUACUGUUAUUUUAAUUCACUCUGAAGACUAGAGUGCAAUAAUCCAAGGAGGCAGGUAAGACUGCACUAGCAAAGUACUUCUUGGCAUCGAGGACAGCGAGACCAGUUAAAGGCCAACAUUUUGAGAACUCCUCCUUAGGACUGCGAAGGCGGAUUGAGAAUGAAGCCACAAACCCCGAAGUGUACAUGACUACGGAAUAGAGACAGAAUAAAAGAAAAACGAUUGUUUUACAAUCACUGAAACAGUUUGCAAUAGCAGCGUGAAGGACUAUUUGCCUUGUCCCGGCCGAGGCAGGAGAAAGCGCCCCGAAAGCAGAAGAAACGCGGAAAUUGCUGUGCCCUGCAGGGCUCGCGCUGACUUCUGUUGUGCGAUUGUGCGUUGCAAACCAACCAGCUCCACGGAAAGGUCGCUCGGGUUCGGCACCUCCCGCCUGAUGUGGUGCCUGGAGCGGCUUCGCUUGGGUUUUCAGCGCCCUCUGCAGGGCAGGAACGAGCUUUUUAAGGGUCGGUCCAGCCGAGCCUCGGCCAUCACGCCCGCCGCGUGCGCCAACGUGCUCACACCCGACCGCAUCCCCGAAUUUUGCAUUCCCCCGCGACUCGCUUCCUGCCCAGCCCUGGAUGGACUCCGGAUCUCCUGGAGCGAAAAAGCUGGGUCAGAUGACGGCGACGGGCGCACCGACUGGGACCCGCGCUCUCAGGCCGCGCUCUCGCUGCAGCACCUGCCCCGCGCGCGCACCGCCUACGGCUUCUGCGCGCUGCUCGAGAGCCCGCACACCCGCCGCAGGGAGUCGCUCUUCCUCGGGGACGCCCGCGGCGCCGCGCUCCUGGAGCCGUCCGCCGCCCGGCCCGCGCUCCGCCCCCGGGCCCACACCUACGGCGGCGGCGGCGCGAGGGGAGACGCCCCGCGUGCGCCCCAGGCCGGGGUCCCCUCCGCCCCCGGCGGGGCUCUUCAGCCCCGGGACUCGCGCGCCCCGCCGCCCCGCGGCCGCCGGCUCCUGCGCGCCCCUGACGGGCUGCUGCGGCGCGCGCUGCGGGCCCGCGGGAGCCGCGGCCUGGCCCCCGUCCGCUCAGUCUCCCGCGGGGACGAGGACCAGGAGCGCGGCGCCGGAUCGAGGACCCCGGCCCGCGGCCCCUCCGCGUCUCCGCCGCCGUCCCCCGGCCCGCAGCCCGAGCGCCUGGAGGCCGAGGGCACCGUGGCUCUGGGGCGCGCCGGCGGCGCCCUGCGCCUGGCCGCCGAGUACAGGCGGGCCAGCGGGCGCCUCCGCAUCGGGCUGCUCCGCGCCGAGGGACAGGCCGCGGGAACCGCCGAGCCCCGCGCCGUCGGCUGCCGCCUGAGCUUCGUCCUGCAGCCGCCGGGCAAGACGCGCCAGCAGCGCGGCGCCGUAGUCCGGCGGAGCCGCGAGGCCGCCUUGGACCAGGACUUGUGCCUGGACGGGCUGUCGGAGGACGAGGUGCGCCGCCUGGCCGUGCGCGUCAAGGCGGAGAAGCAGGGCCGCGGCCUGGAGCGGGGCCGCCUGCGGGGCCAGGGCGAGCUGCUGCUGGGCCCGCUGCUGCCGCUCUGAGGGCCCAGGCCCUGCCCUCGGGGCGCCUUCCGCCCCUGGGGAGCUCUGGGACACGGCCGCUGCUUUGUAUAAAAUAAACCUGUAUUUUUUC